GGACAGCUCCGGCUGAUCGAUGAUGAGGGAAAGGAACACAAGGUGAGCAAGAAGACGGAGGGCACCGUGCGACCCAUGCACCCCACCUCUGUGAAGGGUGUGGAUGACAUGAUAAGGCUGGGGGACCUGCACGAGGCCGGCCUCCUCAGGAACCUCCUGGUGCGACACAAAGAAGGCACCAUCUAUACAUACACAGGCUCCAUUCUGGUGGCAGUCAAUCCUUACCAGCUGCUGCCCAUCUACACCACGGAGCAAGUGCACAUGUACACAGACCGCCGGCUGGGUGAACUGCCACCGCACGUCUUUGCCAUCGCAGACAGCUGCUUCUUCAACAUGCGCCGCAACAAGAAGAACCAGUGCUGCGUCAUCAGUGGAGAGUCAGGAGCAGGGAAGACGGAGAGCACCAAGCUCAUGCUGCAGUUCCUGGCUGCAGUGAGCGGACAGCACUCCUGGAUCGAGCAGCAGAUCCUGGAAGCAAACCCCAUCCUGGAGGCCUUUGGUAAUGCCAAAACCGUUCGUAACGAUAACUCCAGUCGAUUUGGAAAGUACAUUGACAUCAACUUCACCAAGGGGGGGGCCAUUGAGGGGGCCCGCGUUGAGCAGUACCUUCUGGAGAAGUCGCGAGUUUGUCGUCAGGCGCCGGAGGAGAGGAACUACCACAUCUUUUACUACAUGCUGAUGGGAAUGCCAGCCGAGCAGAAGAAGAAUCUUUCCCUUGGGAGCGCUGCGGAGUACAACUAUCUGACCAUGGGUAAAUGCACCAGCUGUGAAGGACGUGAUGAUGUGAAGGAAUACGCCCACUUCCGCUCAGCUCUGAAGAUCCUCAUGUUCACAGACAAUGACUCCUGGGAAGUCUCCAGGUUGCUCGCUGCUAUCCUUCACCUCGGCAAUGUGGACUACGAGGCCACCAUAGUAAAUAACCUAGAGGGCUGUGACAUCCUCCAAUCAUCCCAUUUCAAAAUGGCCAGCCAACUUUUGGAGGUGGAUCCCAAAGCGCUGGAGAAGAGUCUGACUCAGCGCUCCUUCAUGACAGCCAAAGAGAGUGUGACCAAACCUCUGGCCUCGGCCCAGGCGGUGGACUGCAGGGACGCCUUCGUCAAGGCUAUUUAUGGAAGACUUUUCCUUUGGGUUGUGGGCAAAAUCAACGCUGCCGUUUACAAGCCAGCUGAGGAUUCCAAAGAGGUCCGACAGUCGAUAGGCCUGCUCGACAUCUUCGGCUUUGAGAACUUCGCCAAAAACAGCUUUGAGCAGCUGUGCAUCAACUUUGCUAACGAGCAGUUGCAGCAGUUCUUCGUCAGGCACGUUUUCAAGCUGGAGCAGGACGAGUAUUCCCGUGAAAACAUUGUUUGGCAGCACAUCCAAUACCAAGACAACCAAAGCACCCUGGACGUGUUGGCCAACAAGUCUCUGAACAUGAUGGCGCUUAUCGAUGAGGAGAGUAACUUCCCCAAGGGCACAGAUGCCACACUGCUCCAAAAGAUGAAUCAGGUCCAUGGUAAAGGGGUCAUCUAUAUUCCCCCCAAGAACAACUAUGAGACACAGUUUGGAAUCAAACAUUUUGCUGGAGAAGUCUUCUAUGAUUCAAAAGGCUUUCUUGAGAAAAACCGGGACGCCCUCAGCUCUGAUCUGAUCCAGCUGGUUGAAACCUCCACCAACAAACUCCUCAAACAGGCCUUUCACGAUGUGCUGUCUUCCAGUACCAUCAAGAGGAGUGUGAACCCCAGGAUGAUCAUCACCUCGGCCAGCAGCAGCCUCCGGCAAACGAGUGAUGGCAAGAAGCGUGUGCCGACCCUGACCGGCCAGUUCCGUCAGUCUCUGGAUUCCCUGAUGAAAACGCUGACUGUGUGCCAGCCAUAUUUCAUACGUUGCAUUAAACCCAACGACUUCAAGAGACCCAUGCUGUUCGACAGAGAGCUGUGCAUGCGCCAGCUCCGUUACUCUGGUAUGAUGGAGACCAUCAGGAUCCGGAAAGCUGGAUAUCCCGUACGAUACACAUUCGAGGAGUUUUUAAUUCGCUACCGUGUGCUUCUCAGAACUUCCCUCUGUGAUCCCAAAAAAGAAAGUAAACAGAAAUGCUGUGAAAGCAUUUGUGAAUCUGUGCUGAGUGGAGAGGGCGACUGGAAGACUGGCAAGACCAAGAUAUUCCUCAAGGAGGAUGAUUUGGUUCAGCUCACUGCAAAACAUGUGUACAUCCAGCAUGGCUCUGAGAGCAGUGCAGAACAUGUGAAGGAAGCUGUGCAGGACUGCAUCAACAGCUCUCUGCUGGAGGCCAAGUCCGAGGCCAAGUGGGUGCAGAUGGUCAGCUCUGCUCACGCUCAGGGUCCUUAUGUGAGUUCAAGACAGAAGGCGGACUCUGUGAAGGCGGAGAUGGUGGACUACGCCCGGGAGAAGUGGCCCAUGUUCUUCUCCCGCUUCUUCGAAGUUGUCAAGCUGUCAG